CUCGCGUCGAUUUAACUUCAAAUCCAAAUAAAAAUAAAAAAAAUCGAUUAAUUCGCAAUAAAACCUCUUCGCCUCGCAGACCCAUCUUCAGCAACUGCACACUCGCUGGCCUCCUUUUUUAAUCAAACCACCGAACACACAAUUCUCAUUUAAAAUACAUACAAGAAAAUGUCUGUGGCUGUCGACAAGUCAGAAGGGGUUCAGAAGUGCACUCGCGAAGGAUGCGAGAACCCGGUCUCCUCGUUGCAGUGCCCGACCUGUCUGAAAUACGGCAAAAGCUCGUUGUUCUGUGGUCAGGACUGCUUCAAAAAAGCAUGGCCGACGCAUAAGCUCGUUCACAAAGAACUUGCUGCUUUGCAACCUCACAACCCGUUCCCGGAUUACCCCUACACCAGCACGGUUCGCCCGGUCUACCCUCUGAGUCCGAUGCGUCAAGUUCCAGCUUCAGUCCCUCUUCCCGAUCACGCCAAAGACGGCGUUCCGAAAGCCGAGCAACGUCUGUUGCGCUCGACAAAUGUGCACAUCAACACCGAGGAAGAAAUCCAGUGUAUGCGAGAAGCCUGUGCGCUCGGUCGCAAGAUCCUCGACGCUGCUGGCGCGGCACUCAAGCCCGGCAUCACUUCUGAUUCAAUCGACGAGCUUGUGCACAGAAUGACCGUCGAGGCUGGCGCAUACCCGUCCCCACUAAACUACUACAACUUCCCCAAGAGCGUCUGCAUCUCUGUCAACGAAAUCAUCUGCCACGGCAUCCCCGACCAGCGCAAGUUCGAGGACGGCGACAUUGUAAACAUCGACGUCUCGCUCUACUACAAGGGCCACCACGCCGAUCUCAACGAGACCUACUACAUCGGCAAAGCGAGCCAAGACCCCGACAGCGUCCGUCUGGUCGAGACCACGCGCGAAGCUCUCGACAAAGCCAUCGCGAUCGUCAAGCCUGGCAUGCCUUUCCGCGAAAUCGGCAACGUCAUCGAGGCCCACGCAAAGGCAAACGGCUGCUCUACCAUCCGAACAUACUGCGGCCACGGCACAAACAAGCUCUUCCAUUGCCCUCCCAACAUCCCCCAUUAUGCGAAAAACAAAACCCCUGGUGUGGCCAAGCCCGGCAUGACUUUUACUAUCGAACCUAUGCUUGCUCUCGGAACAUGGAAGGACAAGACCUGGCCUGAUAACUGGACUAGCACAACUAUCGACGGCAAGCGCAGUGCCCAAUUUGAGCACAUGCUCCUCGUUACCGAGACUGGCUGUGAGGUUCUCAGCGCCCGUCUGCCAAACUCCCCGGGUGGCCCCGUUCCAAGAAUAUAGAGAAGAAAUGUUUUUGAUAUAAUACUACUACAAUAAACAUCAAU